AUGAGCGAUGACUCUGACAGGAAGGACAUUCACGACCCUUUUGUGCAACAUAUUGCCAAGGCUACUUUUCUUAAGAAGUUCAAAGCUCCAUCAUUUAUAUUAUACGAUAGGAAAUCAAACCCUAUAGAUCAUGUUCGACACUACAAGCAAGUGAUGACAUUGCAUGCAGACGAUGAAGUGCUUAUGUGCAGAAUAUUCCCUAAUAGUUUGAGAUCACUUGUCGUCAAAUGGUAUUACAGGCUUGAACCUGGAUUGGUCGGGAGUUUUCAUCAACUCCAGAAAUCCUUCAAAGCCAGAUUCAUCAUGAACGAAAUUCAGCCAAAGCAAGAAGAUUCUCUUUGGGCAAUGAAGAUAAAGCAAAGAAAAGCCUUGCGGGAGUAUUCGGCUCGUUAUUGGGAAUGCUUCAACCUCGUGGAUGAUGAAUGCAACUAUGUUAUGACAAUUACAACCUUCAAAAUGGAACUGCACCGUGAUAGCUCACUCCGAAGCUCACUAACUCGAAGGCCUCCUAAAAUGGUCUGGUCCCUGAUGAGAAAAGUUAAGGAGUACUGCAAAGUGGAAGAUGACGCAAUCAGGGUUAAAGCUAGCCUACAAGCCGAACAAACGACAGUAUCUGUCAUGGCACAACCCUCAAACUCUGUCCCAUUGGAGAGAACUUCGCUGAGGAAAAGCCCGGACACUAGGGGCCGAUUCAAAAAGGAGAACCAUUAG